UGCUCCAGGAACUUUAGUGACGUAACUCAGUUCCCGGGGGAGAGCUCUUUGCGCUGUGACAGCUGGCGGAAGUACGUCACUGGCGCGCGGCGAUUUGAUUUUCCCGGUCUCAGUAUUCAAGGGUCGGAAGCAGCUUAUUCCCCGGUGUAGUCCCAGCUCUCAGGCCGGUUUUCCGGGUGUAUGGAGCGGUACGUUCUGCUUAUUUACUGGCAAAAACAAGCCGAGAAUUACCGGGAACAGCCCGAGCCGCCGCUUCUCCCUCCAGGUCCAGCGGAUGUGAAGGAUUUCUACACCCAUCUGAAGGAGCGCUGUAUCCCACACACCGACACCUUCCCCGCGUGUUCUUUGGCCGGAGAACCAGGGACGAGAAAAUGGUUCUUUGCUAUUCAAGCCACGUGUGGCUUUUCUCAGUACGCCAGUCCUGAUUGGGAGGACUUGUGCCCGAGCUGUUCGCUCGAUGACAGCGAGGAGCCGCCCCAGAGCACCAUAGACGAGUGUAUAUGUGCACUACAAAGCCCAGAGGAUGACGAGGAUGAAAGGGACUCGGUGUCUCAGACAAGCCUUUUUGAAGAGGCGGCAGAAUCCAUUCAUCAGCUCUCGGACAAGCUCCCUGCACCAGGCCGCGUGUUGGUUGAUGUCCUGUUAAUUUCUCCAGAUGUCCCAAAACUGAAGGAUUGUGUUCUUGCUGUGGGGGCCAUGAAACAUCUGAAGGAGUGGCACGCUGCGAAGAUCACUAUCGUAACUAAGGAACGCAGAGGGUGGCAAAAAAUUUCUAAUUAUCUGUCGGCAAAUGUAAUCACUCCAGAAGGUCUUCCCAGUGCACUAGAUCCACAGGAGUUGUGGAGGGGCUCGCUAGAGAUCAGUGAGCGGAAGUUUAGUUCUGAGGUAGAAUUUGAAGACUUCUGCCUCAGAUCUGUCCGUGACGUUAGUUCUCAAUCAAGUUCCCUCAAGCUGAGCGAAGAGCUGAAGAACCAACACCAUAAAAACCAUAAGUCCUUCCUACCGGAGGUUUUUCAUUAUUACGGAUCAUCCCUGGAGUUUAUACAAAUGGUUUCCCUGUCAGAGCUUCCCCCAUACUUUAUAUCAGACUGCGCCUUUGAGCUAUGCUUAACAAGAAACUCUCUACAGGGAAGAUCAAAGCUGAUGUUGGGUCAACUGUGCUCCUUGAAUGACAAGGUUGGGGCUAUAUUUAUGCUGUCCUGCAAUGUCUGCAACCUUCCUCUGCCACCAGCGCUUCAGCGUAGUUCAAAGAAAUGGAGAGACUACAUGUCCAAGAAGCCAAAAGAAAUUAAAGCUCCCGGGAUGGAGCUGAAAGGCGAGUACUGCACUUACUAUUUCCUGAUUCAAGGGAAAGACAAUGAAGUCUGCAGAGCCACAAUGCUUCAUUCCGCCAGUCAGAUUAAUGGCGCGGCUUCUCUGGUUUUGUUACAUCGACGGCUGCGGGAUAAGCCCAGCACAGAGGAAUCAAAUUUUACCGCGUUGAUGACUCUCCCACAUUUCCAUGGUGAUCACCUUCUGAAGAGAGAGAAAUGUUUGGCUCAAGCUCAGGCUUUAGUUGUCAAUGAAUAUCUCCAAAGAAAAGAAGCUGGACAACAACAGACGCCUGUGAAUGUUAACUCCUUAAAAGCCUUAUUAAAGCUUACCCGGGAAAGUGUGCUGAAAACUUUUGAGAGCAAGUUAACCAGCAGUGUCUGUGAGUCAACUCUACAAAGAUCUCCCCCUACAGGGUCUACUGCAAGCACUUUAUUUCAUAUGAAUUCAUCUGAAUGGCCAGAAAGAAAUGUUCUACAGAAUCUGGAAAAUUUUGAGAAAAUAAAGCAGAGAAUUAGGGCGUCUAUACUCUCCAGUUCAUCAGACCAGCUUCUUGGUCGGAAGGACAGUCAGAAGGAAGGGGUUACUCUGCUGGAUGCUAAGGAGUUGCUGAAAUACUUCACUCCUGAAGGUGCAGCAAUUGGGGAGCUCCAACCAUUGCAGGUCCAAAGAGGUGAUAACGCUUUCCAGUUAACUCCAGAACUGACCCCCCGGAAGCUGCGAGCACUGCCUUUUAGGAAAGCCUCGGAGUGUCAUUACCAUGGACUGGAAUAUUGUCUCGAUAACAGGAAAGCUCUGGAUCGGGAUGUAUCUUUUUCGGAACUCCAGUCUCGCCUUAUCCGCUAUGAGACCCAGACGACCUGCACACGAGAAUGUUGUCCCAUCCCCUUUGCCCUGAGCCCGCUCCCGUCCCCUGCGGUUCUCUCUGAACCGGGAAGUGUUCCAGAUGGCGAAUCCUUGCAAGGUGCCGACCUGCUGAGGCUCAAACGCCGUUCCAGGGACCUAGACGGGUUGAUUGCCAGCAAAAGGCUUGCUAAAUCGGAGAGCUCAGACUCUCUGCUGUCACAUAGUAGUGAAAACAGUGGCCCUAACGUUACUACCGUAAGCAGAACUCGGUCAGAGCGGGUAGCACCGAUGCCGUCCUCGGUCAGACCAACAUCCAGAGAUAGGGGAACGUCUUUAGGCAGCAAACAGACCCAACCAAAGCAAAAUGCGAUCCCCGAGAAUGAUGGCAAGGAGUCCAGAUCUCAGAAGCACAAUCGGAUGCUGAGGGAGGUGGUUUGUAAAACUCUUCUCAAACAUGGCAUCCAGGAGGGGCACCCGUGCUACACGGCCUGCAACCAGCGGCUUUUUGACAUCUCCAAGUUCUUCUUGAAGGAUCUGAAGACAUCUCGAGGCCUCCAUGAUGAGAUGAAGAAAGCUGCCAGUAACAAUGUGAAGCAGGUUAUACAAUGGGAAUUGGACAAACUGAAGAAAAAGUGAUCUGUGUGAGGUCCUAUUUAUUUGUGUGUUGUGUAGAUUGUACAUUAUGAUUUUCUAUGUUAUCCCUGUACUGUAAUAAUAAACCAUUUACCUUGUGCUUCUCCCUCCCGGUCUCCG